GAACAGAAUUAUGGGAUAUUGUCCAUCGGCGGCGCGGUGCCGCCAUGUCUCCUGCAGAUAAACGGCGGCUAGCUUUUAUCUCUCUACUCGCUAUUGCCCUGUUUUUCCUUUUGUUGACUUGCAUACCGUCAUAUCUGUAUAUACUUUUCUUUUUUGUCGUAACUGGUGCCGUUUGUUAUUAUAAAGCAGAGGAGUUUCAGCUUUUCGAGAGGUUGGGCCUGAAUCCCCGCCGUGGGCUGACAGUUCCUACCGCGCUGCGGCGCUGGUUGCCGGGCAGGACUUUCACUGGCGUCCCGGCAGGCGGGCGGAACAAGUCUCGGACUAAUAAAAAAGAUGUUAGAAAUUCUUUAGUGUCUCCCAGCGAUAGGAGUUGUGUCGGUUCCGUUUAUAAGCGAAACGCAACGUUCAGCGACUCAGUAUUCAGUCCUCGGAACAUCCUGAUGGGGAGUUACCUCGCUAAGCCAGAAAGUCCCUCCGGCACAUGGCGGCCCGCUGGAAGCUCAGGCUCUGGCUGCAACCCCAGAGAACAACUCCGGGAGAGACUUGUCCGACCUAAUCAUGGAGUCCCCACGCCAAACAGAAGAUUGUCUUUUGGCAACAGUGAUCCGGUGGGUUCUGCAGGGAAGUUCACCAUCACCCCUCAGAGACAUUACCCACUGCAGCAGGUAGGAACCUCUCCGGUGGGCUUAUUUCCCCCAGCUCAGUGGGACAACUUCCGCAAGAAGAAGGUUCUCACGCAGCGCAACACACCCAUACACAGCCCUGUUACAGUGAAGAUCGCAAGACCGGAAAACACAACACGCUUAGCAUUUUUUGAUCAGUUGAACUCCACUGGAGCAGUCGCAUCCCCGGAAUUUGAAGCCCGAGCUGACCCGUGUUCUAGGGAGACUGUACUGAGCGUGCUCAGAGCAAGCCGUAAACGUGACGUUGAUGACGACGAUGAUGAUGACGAUGAGAGAGCCCAUGAAGCUGGGCAAAAGAGCAAAAGGAGGCGGAAUGACAGCAGUGGAAGUUCCCAGUCAGUUUUCGAGCCACUGCUAGCUAACGGUGCUCCAUCCCAGCUUGUACCAAAACCUGGAAGUUUGAAGAGAGGCUUGAACGUCUCUGUGUUGGAGGAGUCCAUGGUAAAGAGAUCUCGGACCUCUUCGGUUAGCUCAGUUAGUGGAUGUCCUGUUUCUUUUGGCGUGCCCGGAUCAGCCCGCAACCCUAUUCGUAGCUCUUACAGUUCCUCACAGGGUUACCCUCAGAGGAGAUUAGCAUCUAAUCUGAGCUCAUCUCCUCUUGUGAGCCCUGGAUCAACACAAUCUCAGACUCCUGAGAGGGUGGCCAAAAAGCCCAGGGCAGAAGAUGCCACUUCACCACAUUCUGAUUCAGCUAUCAACUCCGAUAAGACAGCCACUGAAACUGCCCCUGGCUCUGGUAAAUAUGCCCCUAUGCCUGAUCCCCCUGUUACAUCACGGUCAGACUCUGGAGGAAGCGGUGGCAAACGUAAACGUAAAAUCCAACUGGUGUCCAUGUGCAGAGGCGAGCAGAUAUCUUUGCCCCCACCCCCUGAACUGGGCUAUACAAUCACUGUGAAGGACCUGGAUAUGGAGAAAAAAGCUACUCUUAACCAAAUCCAGAAAGUCCUUGAGGAGCCUGAACCAGAGAAGCCAAGCUGUGCCCCUUGUUCAUCUGCUCCUGCUGCUCCCUCUGUUGGCAUGUUUUCCCAGAUAGUUUCAUUUUCCUCAGCUUCAGCUGCCCCUGUAGGGAGUGCUACUUCACUGGCCUCCCUGUCCACCCCAGCUGCUGGUGUUCCACCUGCCUCCACUGCAAUUUCUACCCCAGCUUCAGCACCAACUAUUGACCUCACAGUUACUCCAUCCAGCACAGUCAGUGCUACGCCAAUCCAGACUGUGGUGCUGCCUACACUUGCCACCAGCACCACUUUAGCGGCACCAGUGGCUAAUUCACUAUUGGAAUCUCUUAAGAGCAUGAAGAGCAGCUCUCUACUCAGUGUUCCCUCUCCUAUAGCUGUUACCUCUGCAGCUCCAGCAACAUCUGUGGCAGCCCAGGCUCCCUCUUCCAUUACCUCCACUGCUUUAACUUUUGGGGCUGUAAAAUCUGAGCCCUCCAUUGCCACUCCACAGCCCACAGUGUCAACUCCACCUUCAUCGGUGACCUCUGCUUUUGCCCAGAUUCUGGCUCAGCCUUUACCAUCCUCAUCCACCACACUCACUCUUGGAGGAGGCAGCCUCUUUGGCUUCACUUCUUCUGUGCCCACAUCGUGUGCACCAACUGCUCCUACAGUCUCUGCACAGCCUGCUAGCAGUACAGCCAAUCCAAACCCAUCAGGGUUCAAGCCUAUUUUUGGGCCAGCCGUGACGACGACAGCCUCCACUGCAGAGGUCAAACCUACUCAAACCACUUUCAAGCCUGUUUUUGGCGGUGCAUUUAAUCAGCCGGCUUCUUCAACUUCCUCUGUACCAGCAACUCAGAGUAGCACGUUUCUAUUUGGUGUAGUCACUAAAACUCAGCCAGUGUCUUCUUCGGUCCCCUCAUCAGUCCCCAAUACACAGAAUCCCAGUCAAUCUCUGUUUGGUGAUCAGACUAACAGCCAUUCAGUGGCUGCUUCUGUCUCCACCUCUAGUACCCAGAAUCCUACUCCAGCUCUGUUUGGUGGACUGACUAACAGCCAGACAAUGGCUGCUUCCGUUUCAUCCUCCUCAAAUAUCCAAAAUUCUACUCCGUCUCUAUUUGGUGGACUGCCUAACAGUCAGCCAAUGACUGCUUCAGUUUUGUCAUCCUCCUCCAAUACCCAGAAUCCUGUUCCAUCUCUGUUUGGUGGACUGGCCAGCAGCCAACCUAUGGCUGUUUCAAUCUCGUCAUCCUCCUCCAGUACCCAAAAUUCUAUUCCAUCUCUGUUUGGUAGCUUUGCUGCUCCAAAGAGCACCUUUCAGUUUGGAGGUUCGUCAUCUACAGCCACCACCUCUGGAAUUAGCGCUAGUACCACAACUACCAACAGCAACAAUACAGCUUUACAGUUUGGUGCUUUAAAACCAGCACCAACUGCUCCUCCUGCUGCUCCUCAGAACACAUUCACCUUUGGCCAAAGCCCAGCCACCACCUCCUUUACAGGGUUUGGUACGGCCAACAAUACUACCCCCAUGACAACAAACACCCCAGCGACCCAGGCCACGUUUGGUAGCCCAGUAUUCAGCACCUCCACAUGCUUUGCCAAUCCUCAAGCUCAAGCUCCUACUCCAGUCAAGCCUUUUACUUUUGGUGCCAGUGUUGGAGGAGGUACUGCAGUCACACCACUUGCAUUCGGCACACCCGCUAGCACAGCUGCACCAACAUUUGGAAAUUCUACACAGUCUGCAUUUACUGGAGCCUCCACUGGUUUUCCCUUUGGUAACACAAGUGCUUUGCCAGUGAGUGCUGCCUCUAUGCCAGCUGCUACCUUCACAUUUGGAGCAGCACCAGCCACACCACAGAACUCUGCAACAUCUGGAGGUUUUAAUUUCGCAGCAGCACUUUCCGGAGCACAGUUUGCAACACCUACGCAAGCAGGGCAGAAUCAGGGGUUCUCGUUUGGAGCAGGCAACACGGAUAAUAAGCCUGCUUUUGGAACCUCCACCCCUGCAUUUGGCACUGCAAGUGGGCCCAUUCCCUUUGGCAGCCCUGGGACACCUGCAGGGGGAUUCAGUGCUUCACCCUUUGGUUCUCCUUCAGCCACUUUUUCAAUUGGUGCUGGCUCAAAGCCCAGCGGUUCACGACAAAGAUUACAGGCUCGCAGGCAGCACACAAGGAAGAAGUAAUGCCAACCGUGAGGACUUUAUUUGGACACAUGCAGCACCCCUUCUGACUAUUCUAGAUGCUGCUGCUGCUAAUGGGACUUUAUCAGGAUUCCAAUAGGACUUUAACACAUCUGAUGUUUGGGUUGAAGUAUAAUUGUAUAAUUAGGUACCACCAUCCCUUUUUUUUUUAGGUCAAGAGAUCUUGACAUACCAACAUCUUCCUGCGUGGAGUCAGACUGACAGCAAGUUACGUGGACAGACAGAACUACUUGGCAGAUUAAAAGAAUAAGACAAUUUAAAAACCUGAACAUGUGAAUUUCAGGCUAAAGAAGCCGAAUUUGGGUUUGAUCCUUUGCUUAUCAGGAUAUUGUUUUGGUUUGGAUUAUUAUUUUUUUUAAUGGCUGUCUGUGUGACCUAUUUUUAUGCCGUCAUUCACAUUACAAUCAUCGUCACUAAUUGAGUUUUGCUUUUAUUCAGAUGAAUACUUUCAACAAAACACUUUUGUGUAUCUGCUCCUUGACUGAAUUGCUUACUUAGGUUGCCUGAGUCAACUCAGUCUUCAGAAAAUGUGUUUUAAUUGAAAUAUGUCCCUCAUCCAAAUGCAAUGAGCAGCAAAAUAAAGUUGUUUAGUAUUUUUCA